UGUUCUCGCGCCGGUAGGCGCAGGGGUCGCGGCCGCUCGCCUUCUGCUCCAGGGCCCGCGAGCUCCGGCCGGGCUUCUUCUCCGCGCACGUAGACAUUACUCAUCCAGGCCCCGGGAAGAAACUCAAGAAGAAGCUUUUGAGACUUAAAGAUUACAUGGGGCUUGACUUCUGCUGGGCAGCCCCCAGCUAUAGGAGUUCCCCUGCUGAGCAGAGAGGAUGACUACAGAAUUGAGAGAGGCCAUGACCCUGGCCCCUUGGGGCCCAGUGACAGUGAAAAAGGAGGAGGAAGAGGAGGAAACCUUCGUGGGUCAGGCGUCCAGCCAACAAUUGCACUCUGAAAACAUCAAAGUCUGGGCUCCUGGGGAGUGUCCUCAGACAGGCCUCGAUGUAUCAGAACAGGAGGAAAAGGGUCAGAACAUGUUCUGGGACAUGGCUGUUGUCCUGAAACCAACACUGGAGGCGUCUGCUGCUUCAACCCCAGGCAGCUCCUCAUUACCAGAGACUCUGGCCAAGAGGGAGCUACUGGAGACUCAUGGGAACAUGACCUGUCUAGGUGCUGAAACCAAGAACCCACAGUUAUUGGUUCCAAAAACUGAGAUAUGUGAUGAAGCAGAAAAACCUUUCAUAAUAUCAGGAAGAAUCCAGAAAGUUGACCCUCCAGGACCUGAGUUAGGAGAAGGCUGUGAAAAAGGGAACAUGUUAAAAAGGCAGAGAAUAAAGAGGGAAAAGAAAGAUUUCAGACAAGUGGCAGUGAAGGACUGUCACAUACCUGAAAACUUCAAAGAAGAGGAAGACCAGAAGUGUCACCAAUCUGAGGAGAGAUAUAGCCUUGGUUCUGGCUCUGUUAAAAGUCAGAAAAGCCAGCCUGGGCAGAAACCUUUUACAUGUAGUGUGUGUGGGAAAGGUUUUAGUCAGAGCGCAAACCUUGUAGUGCAUCAGCGAAUCCACACUGGAGAGAAACCCUUCGAAUGUCAUGAGUGUGGGAAGGCCUUCAUUCAGAGCGCAAACCUUGUUGUGCAUCAGCGAAUCCACACUGGACAGAAACCGUAUGUUUGUUCAAAGUGUGGGAAAGCCUUCACUCAGAGUUCAAACCUGACUGUACAUCAAAAAAUCCACUCCUUAGAGAAAACCUUUAAGUGCAGUGAAUGCGAGAAAGCCUUCAGUUACAGCUCACAACUUGCCCGGCACCAGAAAGUCCACAUUACAGAAAAAUGCUAUGAAUGUAACGAGUGUGGGAAAACAUUUACUCGGAGCUCAAACCUCAUUGUCCACCAGAGGAUCCACACCGGGGAGAAGCCCUUCGCCUGUAACGACUGCGGCAAAGCCUUCACCCAGAGUGCAAAUCUUAUCGUGCAUCAGCGAAGCCAUACUGGUGAGAAGCCAUACGAGUGCAAAGAGUGCGGAAAAGCCUUUAGUUGUUUUUCACACCUUAUCGUGCACCAGCGAAUCCACACCGCGGAGAAACCUUACGACUGCAGCGAGUGCGGGAAGGCCUUCAGUCAGCUCUCUUGCCUUAUCGUGCACCAGAGGAUUCACAGCGGGGACCUUCCGUAUGUGUGUAAUGAGUGCGGGAAGGCCUUCACCUGCAGCUCGUACCUGCUGAUUCAUCAGAGGAUCCAUAAUGGGGAGAAGCCGUACACGUGCAGCGAGUGUGGCAAGGCCUUCCGGCAGAGGUCGAGCCUCACCGUGCACCAGAGAACCCACACCGGGGAGAAGCCCUACGAGUGCGCCAAGUGCGGCGCGGCUUUCAUCUCCAACUCACACCUCAUGCGCCACCACAGAACCCAUCUCGUUGAGAGCACAUAGAGGACGAGGGAGACCUCCAGGCGCCAGUGAGAACCUCCCGCCCCUGCCCCCGCCCCUCCAAGUCAGACACCUCUUGGCUGUUUUCUCCUCCUUGGUGAAAACGAGGCCUGCUCUGUCCUUAAAAGUAAUAGUUUUCAGGAGUGCAGUGCAAAACACAAGAGGGGCAUUUCAGAGGCUAAUUUAAAGAAAAUAAAAACGAAGGCCUCAAGGCAAGGAUUUUGUUUUUCACUUGGUGCCCCAAGUGGUCAUGGUGUCUGAAGUGGAAUGUGGCUUUCUUAGAAAUGGAUCAUACAGAGCUCAGUGAUAAAGAUCCCUUUGGGGGAAAGGCAUUUUUCACUUAACUUUGUUUUUGAAAACUCUGGUAAUUUCUUGGGCGAUGGGCAGGUUACUGGUGGAGGUCUGCCUGAUGGAAUUCCGGAGCUUUGAACCUUGUAUUCUAAUAUUUUGGGUUAAGCAGCGACUCAUUAAGGAAACCACUUGGGGUAGCGGUUCACCAACAACUCACCUAUAAACAUUUAUAGGUUCUUCCAUUCCCUAGGUAAUUAAAAAAAAAAAAAACCCUACUAACCACCUACUGCUCCUAACAUGGAUGGAAGUAGGAAACAUUCGUUUCCCUCAUCGUCUGUACCUCAUGAACGUUGUUGUGGUAAAGCUCUGGGGACCUCUGACGAGAGUCUCUUCUGACCAUCUCCCAGCCUGCAUGGCCAAGCACUUGAGGACUGAUGGAGACAGCCACAGACGCAGCUGGGCUGUGUCCCCUUGCUAAGGUCAACAGCUCUUCCCAUAACUUAACCCCAGGUGCCAUUGCAUUCCGUUUGAGACGCUGCUAACAGCCCCCUUCCCAGAUAGAGGCAUCAGAGAAUAAAGCUUCCCUGGAGGUAUGCCCGCUUUGUCUCCGCUCUCAUUCCGCUCAGGCCCAAGCAGGGGGCUCAGCUGGGUGUCACUGUCACUUUCUGGAUGGUCUUUAGAAGAAAUAAUGGAGCCCUUCUAAUUCUGAGAGGAGCCAAGAGGGAAAUGAGAGGGAGGAAGCAGAGUGGGAUUCCUAAGGUCUUCAUUUUUUUUUUUAGAAGUUCAAAGGUAUUGGAAUAUGCAAACUUAGAAGGAUGAAGAAACUGGCUAAGGUAAGAUACCUUUGUUACCAUUGAGCCUUUACUCCCGGAAAAACAAAUUCUACAACUAUGCAAUAGGUAGAGUUAUGUAAUAAUAUUGCCUUGUAUUUAUAUAGAACUUGAUUCUUUGUGUACCUUCAUGUGUAGAGUCAUGAUACCCGGCACUUACCUCAUACUUUCAGAUAGAUCAUUACCUUAAUCCUUGUAACACUGAAAGAGGUGUUUGCCCCCUUUACCUGAGAGAGGUCAUUUAACACAAGACCAAGUAACAAGUGACAGCCUGUAUUCAGACCCAGGUCCUAAAUCCAGGUUCCCUCUGUUCUUCUAUGUUUAUCCCAUGUCUCACCACCUGUAACCCCACCCAGAUGUGUGGGAAAGCCUGAGAAAAGGGUAUAUAGAAAAGGUAUAUAUAUAUAUAUAUAUAUAUAUAUAUAUAUAUAGGUGAGGAAACUGAGGUGACAGAUUUGGGGGUUUGCCUUAGGCAGUGUGACCAGCAAGCAGCAAAUCUAAGGCUAAGGCUGGGGUUUGAGUCUCCUAAUUUCUGGGUCUGUCUCCACUCCCGCUCUCAGCAAGCAGGAGUGUUUAUCAUAAAUGCUAUACCUGGUGAAAGCAGUUGGGGGCACCUCUCCUGCAUAAGUCCACGCAUUUAUUGUGUCAUUUCUACAAGACUAAAUAUUAGCAUCGCGUUUUGUAGUUUACAGAGCACUUUCACAUACAGAAGGCAUACACAAGAAAGCUUAUUAACUUCUUUUUCCCCCCUUGACCACAGUCUUUCAUCAAAGCAUGUGUGACAACUUCUCCCAGUUUCACUCUAAAUCAUAUAGACACAAAUACAAAAACAUCAAUACAGUUCAAAAGUAAGAAUCAAAAAUGCCCAUGCCCUCACAGACCCUGGUAGUGACUCUUUCUGUACCCUGUCUGGGAGUGGAAAGACCCAAAGAUAACACCGCAUGUCUCUGCUGAGAUUAGGAACAAGUUAGGUUUUUCCCCCUGCAUGAUCAGGAGGCUUAGAGAGGGCAAGCAGGUCUGAAGAUUUGGGGUAGAUCCGUGACCCUGACCCACCAAGAGACCAAAAGUGUACUUUCCUGAAAGGUAUCAGCUGGGAUUUGUGACCAUUAAGAUGGUUAAACUGUUUGAGCCACACGUUGUAUAUUUAUCCUCGUAAUUGAAUACUCAGUCAUGACUGAUUGUGAUCUCCUGGCUAGAGAUUUCUAUUCAUAAGGAGCUCAGAAGAGCUAUCCAGGUGAUUGUGAUAUAAAGCCAAGUUUGAGAAUCACUGACCCACCGUUUUACAGCAGUGGUUUUUAACCUUGGCUGCAUGUUAGAAUCAUCUAGGACACGUGAAAAUUUUUCCAUUUUAGGCCUCAGUAUUUUUUAAAACUUAGGAGGGGAAUGAGCCACUACAGACAAGUAAAACCUGCAGGCCACAAAUGUGUGUGAUCAAAGGUGGAGGGGAACUCCAGUAUAAGGAUCUGGAUGCGCAUUGUUCUGUUUCAGCAAAACAGGACAGUAACUACAUUGCCUUCUGUGCCUCUAACAACCCUUGGCUGCUGGGACUCUGUGACCUAACUUCCUGUAUUUGUAUUUUAAGUGAAUAUACCAAACAUUUUAUUUAUAUGAGCAAACCAAGUUCUACGUAACAUGCUUUUCUGUUCCUCAUUCAACAAAAUGACUUUUUACACUUUUGCUUAUAUUUCAUCUCCAGGUCUGGGUUUCCACAAAUCUACACCCAGAUUCAGGACCCCCGAUCCUACACAAAUUCUGUGAGCCUAGUAGGUUACUAGACAGAUCAGUUCCUUCCCCAACUCAUAACAACUUUCCCUCCCAAUUAAAUUCCAGCCCGCAAAAUAAAUUACCUCCCACUUUUUUCUACAGGGUUUCUGAUAGGAGAGGAGUGACUACCCUUUGUUGUCAGACUUGGCUUAGGUUUUCCUUUUCCUUGGGGUCAUCUCCCUUCUUUCUGGGCUGGUCUUGCCAGAAGUAGAUGGGAGCUCUGAAGCCCCAUUUUCUUAAGUUGCCAAGAGCUAUCAGUCUUAUAGAUCUCAGACAAAGAGUCAGACCUAGUGAUGAGUAUUAAGGGUAGAGCCAAGAAGCCUGUUUCUACCCUCAAAUGAGACCAACAGAUGUGUGUUACGUGGAGCACAGGGAUGAGGAAGUGAAAUCAUGUGUAAGUGCUUUGGAGGCUCUGUGGGGAGAGAUUCUUCAUCAGCACGCAUACACACACACCCCUCUCAAACACAAUUGGCUGUGAAUUCCUCCAGGCUCAGGAAGCUAGUCCUUUUUCUAUGCUCUAGAUCCCCUCCCUCCCGUAGGUGGUCAUCCCUCUCCCACUUCUGUCACUUCUCCCGUUGUGUGCCUAACCUUUCUGGGGUCACAGCCCCUUUGAGAAUCUGAUGGAGGUUGUGGACCCUCUUCAGGAGAAACUCGGAUUGCACUCUCAGUUCUGUGCUUAUUUGUGGAGGCAUAUAAAUUCGCUGAGGCCAAUCCGUGGAGCCUCCAGGGCCUCAAGUCAGACCUGGGGAUGCACUACAUAAUUGCCCUCACAUGCCACAAAAUGGUGGCUUUUUAAAAAAUGAGGUCAGACUACAGAAUCUCUGAGGAUGUUGCCCAGAUACAUAACCUUUUCAGUCUUGCUUCUCCUGGCUUCCCUCCCUCAGCAAAUGGUGGCAUUAUGCAGCACUCAGACUGGAAACCCAGGAGGCAUUUCUGGCUUCCGAUGUAUCAUGCGUUGAUUACAAAAAUAUUUAUUAUGCACUCUCUUUGUGGCAAACAUGGUGCUAGGUCCUGGGUUGCCAAAGCAAACAAGGUCUACCAUACCCCCUUUUCAUGUCUCUCAUGGGAAAGAUGUCUGGAUCCCUCAACAUGAUUUACUGAGCUCUUCCCAGCCUCAUCGCUUCACUUCACACGCACCUUUACUGCAGCCUGGAGGCACGUGCUUGCUCUUCUCGUGCCUUUGCUCACACUGUCCUCGGUGCCUGUGAUACCUCACCACCACGCCCCACAGCCCCUGUCUGCUUUGCCUAACAUUUGGUUUCUUUUAAGAUUUGGCUCAGGCCCAUCUCUGGGAAACCUCUGACUGCCCUAUGGCCAAGAAGUAUAUUUAGAAGUAUCGAAGAGCAUGAUAUUUGUAUCCAGAGUUUUACUUUAUGCUUAAAAGUGAAAAAAGUCUGGAUUCAAAAUUGUGUAUAUAGUACAGUUCUCACAUAAUGUUGUUAUGUACACUAUAUACUAUGAGAAAGUAUAUAGAUAAACAUGAAGGAAAUAUAAGAAAAUGUUAUAAAUGGUUGACUUGUUCAGAGCCAUACAAAUGGUAAAUUGCAGAGCCUGGGCUCAAACCCAGGUCCUAGGGAUAAUGGAAUUAUGGGUGAUUAAAAGUUUUUUUUAAGUAAUUUCCAUAUUUUUUAUAAGGAACAAAAAUUUUAUAAUCAGGAAAAAUAAAUUAUUUAUUGUAACUACAAAUUUAGUUUUAUUGUAUUAACUGUAAACAGUAUCUCAAUUCUCCAUUUUGUAGAAUGGGGGAUGCACCCUGCUUCUGUCUCCUCCCCUUGUCCACCUCUCUGCCUCUGACAAUGUCAAGUCUGAUAAUUCUUGAAUUCUGUUCUGAA